UCAUUCAUUUUCAUUCGUCCCCAGUUGCGGCCGAAAGGUUUCUGUGGUAUUGCUGGCCCAGCGUGUGCAGUGAACAAAGCAAGGCAAAUACGAGAAAAAAAGAAAAAAAAAAAUCUAAACACACCAAAUAAACUCUUAAAUGGAAUAGGAAUCUUUCAUGCCAGCUUCCAGUUCAGUGUCACGACCCUUUUCGUCUCUCUCUCUCUAAAUCAUCGUCACAUCUGUUCGCACAUCGAAAUGGAAUCAUCGGAGUACCUAAAGCUGUUCUUUGAGGAGAGCCAAUUCUACAACGACAUUGUGCUCGGAAGCCUUCUUCCGAGGAGAUUUUGGGAGCCUUUGCCCCACUUCUUACAGAUAUGGCUGCGCAACUACAUUGGCGGCGUUUCUCUCUACUUCCUCUCUGGCUUCCUCUGGUGCUUCUACAUUUACUACUUGAAGCGCAACGUUUAUGUUCCCAAAGAUGCCAUUCCCUCGAACAAGGCCAUGCUCUUGCAAAUGUAUGUUGCCAUGAAGGCCAUGCCAUGGUACUCAGCUCUUCCAUCUAUCUCUGAGUACAUGAUUGAAAAUGGCUGGACAAAGUGUUUCUCGAGAAUAAGCGAUGUUGGUUGGCUUGCAUACCUCCUCUAUUUAGCAAUCUAUCUUGUAUUUGUGGAGUUUGGAAUCUAUUGGAUGCAUAGGGAGUUGCAUGAUAUAAAACCUUUGUACAAAUAUCUUCAUGCUACUCAUCAUGUCUACAACAAGCAGAAUACUCUCUCUCCAUUUGCCGGGUUGGCUUUUCACCCACUAGAUGGGAUACUGCAGGCAAUACCACAUGUAAUAGGACUAUUUCUUGUGCCGGUGCAACUUACUACACACUUAGCCCUCCUUUUUAUUGAGGCCUUGUGGACAGCAAACAUUCACGACUGCAUCCAUGGCAACUUGUGGCCUAUAAUGGGUGCUGGCUUCCACACUAUUCACCAUACGACGUAUCGACACAAUUAUGGCCACUAUACUAUAUGGAUGGAUUGGAUGUUUGGAACACUCCGUGACCCUAUUGAUGAUGAAUCGAAGAAGGUGAUGUGAUGCGCGAUAGGUGGAUUACCUAUUUGGUUCUUCAGAUUUGCUGUAAUUUCAAAUUGUGAUACUUGUAGCUAUGGUGAACUAAAAGAACGUUGAAAAGCUCAUUGAGAUGGGAUUUUGACCACGGGAGAGCUUUCCCCUGUGAGAAAAGUGUUGAACUUAUUACAAUUUAAUUAUUAUAGUUAUAUUGCCACCAAAAAAAAAAAAAUGAUAUUGGAAUGUAUUACGUGAAUUUUAUUAGUUCGCAUAAAGGUAGUGGGGAAAAAAAAGGUGAAGUGGGGGGAGUUGCCAAUAGAUCUUCCUGUAGAAUAACGAACUCUGACAUAUUUUGAUGUGGUAGAAAGAUGUAUAAAGGUUUUGUUAUUGUACACUAGGGGGUUGUUUUGCAAAGCUGUAGAAUGACGACUGGACUGCCAGUGCUUGUGUACUAUUAGUCUACACCAUAGGUGGAAAUAUGUGGAUUUGGUGAGGCUCUUAAAUUGUGGAGGAAAAUGGAGCUUUAU